AUGGCCGCCCCGAGUGACGUGAGCGCGAUGCUGGACGUGGCCAUCGCGGCCGCGCGCGCCGCGGGCGCCCACAUGAAGUCGCACCUGAGCACGUCGCGCGUGGAGAAGACCAAGUCGAGCAAGGACGACCUGGUGACGGUCGUGGACAAGCAGUGCCAGGACCUGGUCUUCGCCACCAUCAAGCAGAGCUUCCCGACGCACGAGUUCCUGGGCGAGGAGAACGUCGCGCCGGGCAGCGAGGCCUCGGCGCGCGCGCUGCGGGAGCUGGCCAGCAAGGAGUGGCUCUGGAUCGUGGACCCGAUCGACGGCACCACCAACUUCGUGCACCACCGCCCGGCCAGCGUCGUGUCCGUGGCCUGCGCGCACCUGGGCGACGUGGUCGUGGGCGUCAUCUACGACCCGUACCGCGACGAGCUCUUCACGGCGCAGCAGGGCGAGGGCACGUUCCUGAACGGCCAGCCGGCGCGCGUGAGCCACGAGGCGUCCUUCUCCGAGGCGCUCGUGGGCUUCGGCAUUGGCACCAAGGACAGCGUGAGGCUGCCCAUGCUCGACUGCGCGCGCGAGUUCUCGGCCAAGUGCAGGGGGCUGCGACUGCAGGGCGCCGCGGCCAUCGAGCUCGCCUGGACGGCGGCGGGACGUCAGUCGGCCUUCUACGAGCUGGACCUGAACUCGUGGGACGUGGCGGCGGGCGCGCUGCUGGUGAAGGAGGCCGGCGGCCACGUGACUAACAGCGACGGCACGCCCUUCUCGCUCAGCACGCGCAACAUCGUGGUGUCCAACAACAAGGGCGACAUCCACGCCAGCAUGCUCGAGCUCAUCAAGAAGGCCGACGCCGUCAACGUGCGCAAAGCCAUGGAGCAGCAGCUUCCGGCGCCGUACCAGGUCAACACGUGGUUCUUCGUGUGCGGGCCGCUGGCCGUCAACACGUUCCUGCUGGGGCUGGCGGCCAACCUGCACGUCUUCAAGAAGCACAACCUGGCCUUCGACCGGGUCAUGGACAUGCGGCCGGACGAGGUCCCCACGGCGCGCGGCGUGCUCAAGACGGCGCUGGCCAUGACCCUGCUGCAGCUGCUGCUCUUCAACGGCGAGGCCGCGCGCCGCGGGGACGCGUUCGGCGUGGACGAGACGCGCAUGGAGAUGCUGCUGCUGGGCUACGCGUUCGUGGCGGCCGCGCUGCUGCUGUGCCCGCUGGACGUGCUGCACUACAAGUUCCGCAUGUUCGUGCUGCGCAAGCUCGCGCGCUGCUUCUGGCCCUUCCAGCACUUCUCCUUCAAGCUGCCGGCGCACGCCACACCUUUUAUUGAGGUGUUCAUGGCCGACGGCAUGACGUCGCUGUCCAAGUUCAUCCAGGACCUUAUUCGAGCGACGCAGUGUUUGAUCUCGUUCCAACGGACGACGAGCAUGAACGACCGGUUCCUGCACCUGCUCAACACGAUGAAGUACUGCUCGAGUCUGCUGGUGAUCUCGGUGGGGGCGUAUCCGAUGCUGAUGGGGCUCGCGCGGCCCGAGCAGAGCAGCUUCUUCCUGCUGUGCGCGGUGUUCAACUCGCUGUACUCGUUCCUGUGGGACGUCGUCAUGGACUGGGGACUCGGACAGCCCAAGCUGCCUCGACGCGUGGCGUUCCUGCGGCACCAACUGACGUACCGCCCGCGCAAGAUUUACUACGUCAUUAUCGCCGUGGACUUCGUGCUGCGGAUCAUGUGGGUGACCAAGUGGUGGGAUUGGAUGCACCGCGGCGUGCACUUCAAGCUCGUUUCGCAGGUCGCGGAGGUCGUGCGUCGUAUCAUCUGGAACUUUGUGCGCGUGGAGUGGCAGUGCAUCAAGCUGGAUAUCCUCGGCACCAAGAAGCUCUCCGCGGACAGCCUGGAACUCGAAGACAUCAUUGAGAAGAUGCCGCUUAUGGAAGAGGACGAGGAUGACGACGUAGAAGACAUGAAGCCAAGGAUGAGGCCUGUCAGCAGACCUAACUCCUUCUCCGCGGAGAACAGCGGCACGGAGACGAGCAGCACACUGAGCCAGAGUCCCCCUCGCGACGGCAACGGCGGUGAGCUGCUCCUUCAGGCGAUGCGGAACGCUGCCAAUUCCGAGAACGCAGCACCCGGCGCCAAUGCGGAGGGAGCACAGCACGACGAGAUCAUCGCUCCUGCUGCUAUCACAGUCGCCAGCUACCCUGACAAGCCACAGGCGAUGCUGAUCAGCGGCGGCGACCUCACGGCGUCCACACACCUCCGACGAGACUCGAGCCCGAACAAGGCGACCACCAGCUCUGCCGACGGCGCGGUGGUCGACGAAAUGUAAAAUUGAAGCGUGAAUGACAUGCGCAAAGACAAAGUACCACAAGAGAUAGAUGCCAGCUCCAUUCCCUUCCUACUCCAUACGAAAGAAGCAAAUUAACUCGUUC